AUGGAAAUUUUGAAAAAAAUGAAAGAAGUGAAAGUGUUUAUAUCAGUGCGACAUGAUAAUAUCAUUUAUUGGAUAUUGAAGCUUCGUUUUAUGAAUCUGGCGUUCCCAGUCAAGGUCAAUUUUUAUUUUUUAAGUUCGAUAGUCGGAGUUUUGAACCUUAACACAUCGCUGGAUCGUUUUAGUUUUUACAGUGCUUACAUAAAUAUGGAUUCAUUUCUUAUCAGCCAAGAAUCUGGACAUCCCAUUGAAAAAGACUUCGCCUUCAAUAACAAUGUCGCUAAUGCGCAUGUAACAGUUAGACUAAGAUUUUUACGCAAAGUCUACGGUAUCUUAUUUACACAACUUUUGCUCACUUCAUUAUGCGCUGGAACAAUGAUGAUGUUAAAACCUGUUUUAUUGGAUAACCUUCAACAGAAUAUAUGGUUACCAAUUGUACUAAUUGUGAGUACAAUCGGAAUUCUAUUGGGAUUAAUGUGGAAAAGACAAGAAACACCAACUAAUUUCAUAUUAUUAUACUUAUUUACUAUAUGUGAAUCUAUACUCGUGGGAUACGCAGUGAUCACAUAUUCUGCAACUGUUGUACUUCAAGCAUUUAUACUGACCACCAUAGUUGUCAUGUCUUUGAUGUUGUAUACACUGAAUUCUAAGAAAGAUUUCAGUAAAUGGGGUGUAGGAUUAUCAGUUGCUUUUCUCAUUUUACUAUUGGUUGGACCAAUUAACUUAUUUCUAGGUUCAUCAUUAUUGGAAUUAUGUAUGGCAGCCGGUGGUGCUUGUCUAUUCAGUUUAUUCAUAGUUUAUGAUACUUGGCGAAUAAUGCAUCAUUGUUCACCGGAAGAAUAUAUUAUGGCAUGCGUUGAUCUAUACUUAGAUAUAUUAAAUCUGUUUAUGUAUAUUUUAAGAUUUUUAAAAGAAGUACAACAUAAUCAAGGUUGA